AUGCGUGAAUCUCGGGGAGAACAUCCGAUAAACGAUUGGAGGACUAUGAAACAUGAACUUAGGAGGAAAUACUUACCACCGUCCUACUACCCUAAGCUUCUGGAUAAGUGGAAUCGGCUAACCCAGGGGAGCAAGUCAGUUAAAGAUUACGACGAUUUCCUGAUUCGUUGCAAUGGCGAGGAAUCUGCUACCCCAACACAGAUCCUGUCUAUGUUUAGAGCUGGCCUUCGGGAAGAUCUUCGCACUGAACUGUUUGCUAGAGGAAUAGACACACUAGAGGCCGCCUGCAGCCUGAUACUUGACUUAGAGGAGUCCAAAACCCAUUCCCACACUAGGCAGUUCGACUCCCGACCCAACCCGUAUCGCUCUUCCACCAGCCAGCCUCAAAGCCGACCCCCAAACUCGACCGGUAGCCGACCCGCUGCUAGUUCAGCCCCUCAUCGUCCCGACCUUAAGGGUAAAGCACCUGAACGAGACACCCUGAAACCCAAUUAUGGAACCAAAUGUUAUAGGUGUCAUGGGUAUGGGCACAUCGCCUCACAAUGUUCCAAUCCCUAUAAGGUCACCAUAAUAGAAGAGGUUGAUGACGACGAGGACGAACCCGAGACUGACUUAGUUCACCAUGUGGAUGAAGAGGAAGAUUCUUUUACGGAGGAUGAACCUGUCACCCUGCAAGUCGUUAGAUGUGCACUGUCCCAACCCAAGCCGAGUGAUGAUUGGAGAAGAACAGCCAUUUUUCACACCUUUACUAAGAUCGGGGAUAAGAACUGUAAGGUUAUUGUCGAUAGCGAAAGCUGCAUCAACGCUGUCUCUUUAGCGAUGAUUUCUAAGCUCAACAUUAAGGCCACACCUCAUCCAAAUCCGUAUAAGGUCGCCUGGAUUAACUCAACUUCCAUGGAAAUCAAAGAUAGGAGCCUUAUCCCGCUCGAGUUUAAUGGAUAUCAGGAGAAGGUUUGGUGUGAUGUAUUGACAAUGGAUGUGGGUCAAAUUAUUCUUGUCCGCCCUUGGCUGUUUGACAACGAUGUCCACAUUUAUGGGAGGACGAACACCUGCGUGUUCGAGCACAACGGAAAGAAGAUUAAGUUGAUUCCCUCAAAGCCCCGACCCGAUAAAAGUGAAACUAAGGUUAUUCCCCCUAAGCCUAAUAAAGGCUUACACUUCUUAACUGCGAAAGAAGUGGACAUGGAACUUCACCACGGGUCACCCAUGUACGCCCUGGUAGCUAGGGAAGUGGAUGAUGAUCAUGAAGGGCAAGUCCCUGAAGAAGUAAAGCCCCUCCUAGAGAAAUUUGCUGAUGUCUUCCCUGAGGAGCUACCUGACCAACUUCCUCCCCUCAGAGACAUCCAACAUGUCAUUGACUUGGUUCCUGGAGCAUCCCUGCCUAACCUCCCUCACUACCGGAUGAACCAAACGGAGCACGCUGAGCUAAAAAGGCAAGUAGAUGAACUUCUACAACGAGGAUUUAUUAAAGAAAGCCUUAGCCCAUGUGCCGUUCUUGCCCUCCUAACUCCAAAGAAAGACGGCUCUUGGAGGAUGUGUGUUGAUAGCCGUGCUAUCAACAAGAUUACCGUUAAAUAUCACUUUCCGAUUCCCCGACUAGACGACAUGCUUGAUAUGAUGACGGGGGCAACGCUGUUCUCUAAGGUGGAUCUUAAGAGCGGAUAUCAUCAGAUCAGGAUCCGCCCGGGGGAUGAAUGGAAAACGGCCUUCAAGACAAAAGACGGCCCGCCCCUCCCCUUGUUCUACCGCCGGCUCCCUUCUCCCCUCUCCAAGCCGCCGCCCCACCCUCCCUCCUUGGGAGACCUUUCUUGCGGCGACCAUCCGGAUCCACUUGCUGAGUACGACAACAACGGAAUGGUCAACAUCCUCCGAUCACAGUUCUUCGACGUCGGUUUUGACUUCGACGACACCGUCGAAGAAUACUUGGACCGGAUCUUGCCGACGCUAGUAGAUUCCAUCGACGAACACUUCUCCGUCUACACGUGGAUUAUCAAAGGUCGAUCUACCGUGCCCCCUCCGCCUCCGAGAUCCUUCCCCACGGCGACGUUCCUUGGUACCUCCAUCUUAGUGGCAACCUCGAUGCUAGUCUGGACAAUCUUCCGCCGUUCAACCUAG